GGUUAAAGUCUCCGAGAAGCUAACUUUAGCUACAUAUUUCAGUUUUCUAUCCAAAGUUUUGUAUUCGGUCUGUGAUAAUUAAGUGACAUUUUGGAGCCCACAUUGUUAAAUUAUAUUAGCUCUUUAAUUAUCUAUCUGACGGUUAGCUUUAAAGUCACUUGUUGAUAUGGUAAGUUAACGUUAGCUAGCCUUUUCGGCUAGCCCGCCUCCCAAAAGAUGCCCACAACAACAACAAUGAUGGAGGCUGCUGGAGAAUAAAGACAGCUUUGGAGUUGGGUGUAAUAUUAGUGGGAGACAGUUAUGAUGUGAUGGACGACGGGAGAAGACUGUCCACCUCCAAUGGAAGCGCUUUUGGAAAAGCAACUGUUGCUUUGUUUCCUCAGCUGAGCUCUGGCAUAGCACUCCAGUUAAAAAGAAAAAUGAUGUUCCUCCUCUUGAUGCUAGCCAAACAUCUGGAAUAACCAGCUUCAAGAUGGACACCACAGGAAAUCGUUGGCCUAUAGGUACCCAUCUUACCCCACCAGACACCCACUGUCCUCCCAGCUUUCAGGAGACUCAGUGUCCUGUGAGUGACCUGAGCAGCUCCACCAUCCAGAGGCAGAGGAGGGAGCUGCAGCUGCUGAUUGCUGAACUGAAGGACAGGGAGAAGGAGCUGAACGCCAUGGCUGCCUCCCAUCAAAAGCAGCAUCACGCCUGGGAACAAGACCGCCAGAGGGUGCUGAGCCUGGAGCAGAGAUGUGCCCGUUUGGAUGAGGAGUUGCUGAAGCGUAACGAGGUGAUCAGAGUCCUGACGAAGCGUGUGUGGCUUGUGGAAACCGGGGAGAAGGAGGUCCAGAAGGAGCUGAGCACCGCCCAGCAGCAGCUCUGUGAGCUGGAAAAGAAGCAGCAGCACAUUAGUGAAAAAUGUCAAGAUUUUGAGGAGAAGAACCAGAGUCUGAGCUCCACAGUUAUGGCUUUGUCCACUCAGGUCGGCUCUCUGCAGGUCAGAGAGGAAGAGCUGAGCUCCAUGCUCAAACUGAAGGACAAAGAUGUGACCGAAGCCUCCAAUCAUAUACUGGACCUCUCAGGGCGCCUUCGAGGGCUGGAGACAGCACUAACAGAGAGUCGCUCACGGGAAAACAAGCUCCUGAGAGAGCUGGAGGAAAAUAAACACCGCUACAGAGAAGCCACACAUGAGGUCACACAGCUUAAAGAGGAGCUGCAGCUGCAGGUCACACAGAGCAGCACCCAGCGAGAGGAGAUCAUCCGUCUCAAGCAGGAGCUCCAGCUGCUCCGCAGAGAUCUGGUCCUGACAGGAGAGGGCGACAGCUGGAAAGACGAACUGCUGGAGCUGUCUCGUUCCAAACAGGAACGCAUCAUGUCUGAGCUGCGCUGCCUCCGACAGGUGUGUGAGAAUCAGCAGAAUGACUUGCAGUUGCUGCGACUGAACCAGGAAAGUGCCCGUGAAAGCCUGAAGGACAAAACCAGUCACGGAUUAUUUGGCAGCCAGGAUGAGUUAUCAUGUCACUGUGUGGACCAUCAGUCACCUUCAUCACUCAGAGGGAACAACCUAAGACCAGUACACGAUACCUCGACUCCACCAGCAGCUGAUUUGCAAGGCUUAGCCAACAGUGAACUGGGAGUCUUCUCAGCACACCUGACAGAUGGGGAUGUCCGUCUGUCCAGCUGUUCUCUGCAGCAGCUGUUGGAUGAGUCCAGGUUGGUCGUGACCGGCUCAGAGAACAGCAGUUUGAGACGCCACAGCUCUUUAAAGAAUAGCAGCCUUGCUAUAAACUGUGGGACCACUGAACCUCUUUACUUCCGUGAGCGCAGGACACCCCACCGCCAUCACCAUCCAAGUACCUCGAUACUCCAGCAGACUGGUGAAACUCCACCCAAGUCCUGCCCUCAACAUGGAGCCAGCCAGCCAUGUGGACGUCUUAAUGUGAACUGAAGCAUCAAUUCAGUAUUCACCAAAGUGCGAAAUAUUAAGCACUGGAAUCAGACUCAAAAAUCAGUGUUACUACAUUUAACAGCUCCACAUGCCAAAGCUUGAAGUCUACUAUCUCUCCAGUAAAACAAAGAAAUGUUAAAAAAUAAAUUAAAAAAUUCCACAGUGUUAAACGUUUUUAUACCCUUAAUAUUGUUUUAUAUGUGUUACUCUAAUUUUAUAAAAAUCUGCCAUUGAUUAACACACUUCAACUGUGUAUUUUUUAAAAUCUUGAUAAAGGUUUUUAAAGGCUGUAUUGUGUGUGCUGGGUGAGAUGUGAAACCAGUCCUACAGGGCUGUUUAGUCCUGUGUCCUUGUUUUGUCUUUCCAGUUUCACUGCCUACAGAUCUGCCUUGUGACUCAGAGGAGAUGUCUAUAGCUGUGAAUAGUUUUUACAACGUGUAACUUGGAUAUCGUGUCACAACUUUUUGAUAAAAUAUUUAUGGAAACUA